AUGUCACGUAGCAGAGAUCGCAGAGGAAAGAGCAGAGCCAAAGCCAGGAUCAGCAGAACAUACAGAGCAGGACUGAAGUUUCCAGUUGGCCGUAUACACCGCUUUUUGAGGAAAAGGAAUUAUGCCAAACGCUUCAGUGCCAAUGCUCCAGUGUUCCUGGCCGCUGUGAUGGAGUUUAUGACUAGGGAGGUCAUGUUCUUGGCUGGGUAUGAAGCUCGGUCAUGGAAGAGCCGCCGCAUUACUCCUCGUCACCUGCAGCUGGCAAUGCAUGUAGAUGUGGAGCUGGAUGAACUGGUAAAAAAUGUCAUCAUACCACAGGGGGGCGCUGUGUGCUGUUCUCCCAUCAAAGAAGUGUACCCCUGUUUCAUCCAGAUACUGCCACCUGCAGACUUCUAA